CCAGCGUUCGGCUACACCGCGAAGCUGUCAAUCUCCGAGCAGCUGAGCGCCGCUAAUGGUUUUUCCUCCCAUCUCCAGGAACCUGCGCAGUACCCGUGUCGCGUGUUGCUCUGCUAUUUAGUUUCUGCGCAUAAGUUUUCAUUCUAUCUGUCUGCCGUAGCGAGAGGCAAAACGCCUUCCGUUUCUCAAAGAUACGUACAAACGAAAAAGAGCAGCAGCACAAGAAAUCUAAAGAACCUUCGCACGUCUGCGUUCGAGCGAUCAGAACCCGUUACGAUGUCUGGCGAAGACGCACCUGCUCAGCAGCAGAAAGCUGAGGAUCAGAAGCAAGAAACAAAAACUAGCGAAGAGCCUAAAGCCGAGUCUAAACCGGAGUCCAAGCCGCCCGCCGAUGCUCCAGCUGCAUCGGCUGCGGCGGCAGCAGCAGAGAACCCUCCCCAGGAGGAGGUCUUCACCUACCGGUCCCUAGUGCUCUCCGGCCACGGGGGCUACGACAAAGUAAAGCUGCAGGUGAAGAAGGGCAAGCCGACUCCGAAGAAUGGAGAGGUCCUGGUUCGAGUGAUGGCAUGCGGACUUAACUUUGCAGAUCUGCUGGGUAGACAGGGCUUGUACGACCGGCUGCCGUCUCCGCCCGUCACGCCCGGAAUGGAGUGCGCCGGGGUGAUUGAGGCUGUAGGAGAAGAAGUAACAGACAGAAAAGUUGGCGACAGGGUGAUGGUGCUAAACCGGUUCGGGAUGUGGCAGGAGGUGGUGGUGGUGCUGGCCAACCACACCUUCCUCAUGCCGGAGGGGAUGAGCUUCCAGGAUGGGGCCGCCCUGCCCGUCAACUACAUCACCGCCUACAUGAUGCUGUUCGACUUCGGCAACCUGCGGCCCAACCAGAGCGUGCUGGUCCACAUGGCAGCAGGCGGCGUGGGCAUCGCGGCCACCCAGCUGUGCCACGCGGUGCAGGACGUGACCGUGUUUGGUACGGCGUCUGCCAGCAAGCACGAGGCCAUCAGUGAGGGAGGGGUCACGCACCCCAUCGACUACCGCACACGGGACUACGUGGACGAGAUCCGAAAAAUCAGCCCCAAAGGUUUGGACAUUGUGCUGGAUCCGUUGGGAGGCUCUGACACACAGAAGGGCUUUAACCUGCUGAAACCCAUGGGCAAGCUCAUCACUUACGGUGCUGCCAACAUUCUGACAGGUCAGAGGAAGAACAUCCUGGCCUUGGCUAAGACCUGGUAUAACCAGUUCUCCAUCAACGCCCUCAGCCUCAUGCACGCCAACAAGUCCGUGUGUGGCUUUCACCUGGGGUACCUGGACGGGGAGUUUGAGCUCGUCUCCCAGGUGGUGGCCAAACUGCUGGAGCUCUACGGACAGGGCAAGAUCAAACCCAAAGUGGACUCCACCUGGCACUUUGAGCAGGUUGGUGACGCUAUGAGGAGGAUGCAGGAACGGAACAACAUCGGCAAGGUGAUCCUCCUGCCCGAGCCGAAGAAGGAGGAGCCCAAGAAAGAGGAAGACAAGAAAGAGGAGGACAAGAAAGAGGAGAAAAAGGAGGAGCCAGAGAAAGAAGAGACCAAGAAAGAGGAGAAGCCAGAGGAGCCCAAGAAGGAGUGAAAUUGAUAUUUGGGGGUGCCACGCAGGUGAUUGGAAGCCUCUCCCUGGGGGGGUUGGGGGGGUUAUUGUAUUUGUGGGGUGAGGGUGUAAGGGGAGGGUCCUCAUUGAAUUUUACUGCAGUUUGAGUCACCACAGAUCAGCUUUCGUACCCCAUCUCAUAUGUGUGCCCCUUAAUUGGACUUAAUAGCUCUUAAAGCACCAAGUGAUCAGAAAUGUCAGCCAUGCUCUCUGUGAUGAAUCCCUUAAAUCAGAUCCAUGUAGAACAGAGAAUCCCUGAGGACCCCCCCCCCCCCCCCCCCCAGCCCAAGGCUACGGCCACUGCUGUCAUUCCCCCACACCCUUCCCAUUGGCUGACAAUACUGCGGAAUUUCCUCCCACCCCCAGUACACCAAGCCUCCCCCCUCCCCUCUCAUAAUGCACCCAGACUCACAGACAACCCAAACCCUCUCACACCCUGACCUUAUCCGACAUCCUUCAGAACUACACAGGACUUUGCGGUUAUGAUGUCACACAGUGUAGGCGUGGAAUGCGUCAGCGUUGCACAUGAUUGGCUGUUGGCUGCCGUGAGAUAUUUGCUUGCACACAAGCUUAUUGGCUCCCACCCUUAGGAGUUGCCAUUUUAUGCUGAAGCAUGAAUUUGCCCCUUGAGUGAUUGGAUACAUCCCAUCUCAUUUCAGUUUUUAUAAUCCACUGCUUUUUAUGUCCCCCCAAAAGUAUGUGUAUUUAUAUUAUAUUCACAUACAGUAAGCAGUAUUAUCAUGUGGAAUGGAGUGUUAUGAUCAUCUGUAAUAGGAUGACAUAAUCUGUUUUAUUUGAGUAAGACCAGUACUGUUAAGACCAGUAGUUUUUUAACCGAGUUCUUACUCAAGCUUUUUUUUUUAGUAAAUUGGGUUUGCAAUUGGAAUUGGAUUUGCCUGACAAAAAAUGGACUUUUUUUGAGUUAUUACUGGUUGAGAAGGUAUUGCUUAUUGUUGUUAUCAGCUGUAGUUGGCAGGCAGUCGGUUUAUCUCUUCCAGUUCCCGCUGGUUUGUUGGGAUCCUCCUCUGGCAUUCCAUCCCAUAAUGCUCCUCUCUUGUCUCUGUGACAUUUGCUGUUGUGCUGCAGCCAGGGAUCAGCUAGCAAAAGAGCAGACCUACCGUAGUGAUCAGUCUCGGCCCCACCCUUCCUCCUCUGUCUCUCUUUCCCUUUUUCCCUUCUUAAUACACCCCCCCCCUCCCCCCCUUUCUCGGGUCGGCAUAGCAACAGGCAUCCAGUUCGUCAGAGAUGCUAGUGAGGUAUCCCUUCUCUCUCUCUCUCUGCCAGAGGCUGUUUGGUGUAUGUGAGUCAUUCCCUGUUACAUAAAACAUUCCUGUCAGUCCAGGAUUAAUACCUUACUACAUGAAGCUUUAAGCAUUUUUCAUUGUUUUGCACAAAAAAGUUUAAUUGUGUUUACUCAGAGUCUCGCGCCCCUUUCUCUGUUCUGCCUGUAUUGAGUAUUGAGCUUCUGCCCACACAGGUCCCUGUCAGUCACAGUCUCGAUAUUCACAAAUAUGAUUCUUUUUUCCCCCCGAUUUUUCUGUCCCUAAAUGUCUCUGCAGUCGCCAGUGUUUGGUGUGGCAUUCGGUGUGCAAAAACAUUCCUCCAAUCUAAUUAUGUAUGUCCAUGUAUGUCGUCUAAUCUUGUUGGGUCUGUCUGUCUGUCUGUGGGUCUGGUUCCAUCUGGUCUGUGGUUCUGGGUCCAUCUGGUCUGUGGUGGCUCCUUAGUGAAGAGACUGAAAAAGUGUGUUGCCAGUUGCAUGAGCAGCUUCACUUUUUGUGAGCUUGUGUGUGUGUGUGCGUGCAUGUGUGCGUGUGUGCGUGUGUGUGUGUGCACAUGUGCAUCCAUGUGCUGAAAUCUAAAAUGCUCCUCUCCUUAUCCUCUCUUCCUCCACAUCAGUCCUGAAUUUCCCCUAUAAUAUCUUAAAUAUCCCAAAUCACUGCCUUGCCAAUGCUCUGGUCAGAGUGCUGUGUAGUUCUGCCCUGCUGGUCAGAGUGCUGGGUAGUUCUGCCCUGCCAAUGCUCUGGUCAGAGUGCUGGGUAGUUCUGCCCUGCCAAUGCUCUGGUCAGAGUGCUGGGUAGUUCUGCCCUGCCAGUGCUCUGGUCAGAGUGCUGGGUAGUUCUGCCCUGCUGGUCAGAGCGCUGGGUAGGUUCUACCCACCAGUCGCAUUGCACAUUCCAGGGUUCCGGGUCUUUUCGGCUGUCUUCAAAGCAGGGUUUACAGCUGAUGAUUUAUAAGGUGUUCACAGCGCCCCCUGGUGAUGAAAUGUUUGCAUGAGCACUUGAGCUGUAAAACCCUGAAUGGUCUCAUCUCCUUUUCCUGGUUCUGGGAGUAAUUUGGUAUCGGUUGCUGAAAAUUGAUGGGGUGGAAAACUUCCCCUUAAACUGAUUAUUGGUCUCGACCUGCUUUCAGUCAUUUCACUUGAUUAAUAAUGAUUAAUUCCCAAAUGCUCAUUGCCAUCAGAUAUAGUUCUCCUCAAUUAGGCUAUUAGGCGAGUAAUAAAAUUAUUUUUAACUUUAUUUUAUUGCAAAAUUGUGCUCAUUUUUUCAAUGUUAUUUUAAAUUGUGGAUACAUGAACUCUUCGUUCAUACUCUUCAUUCUCCACACUCACAUUUGGAGAAUAUUCAUGGCAAAGACAUGCAAUGCGCUGAUUUUCAAGCGCUGGUUUUAUUGGUAGCCUUUAUUGCAGGUUGUGCUGAAAGAUAAUGGUAGUAUAUUUUUUUUCGUUGAAUGUACUUACCCAUUGUUAUUGAUUUUUAAAGAUUUUAUUUAUCAUUUAAUGUGGCACUCGUGAUGUGAAGACGUUGUAUGUUUACCUGCAAAUUGAUUGUUCAGAUACUUGACACACUUGUUAAUCAAGGAAAAUGAAUGAAGACUAUUGAGACCGGUUUUUUUUAACUCCACCUCAUCUAUUUUCAUUUCACCAACUGCCACUGUGUUUCUCUGGUUCUGGGAGUAACUGUGUUUAUCUGGUUCUGUUUUUUUUUUCAGCCUUUUUUGCUGGGUUUUCUGUGUUCCUGUGGGUGGUGUUUUUUCCUGCAAGUGCUGUGUGAUUAACAAGUGCUAAAGUGAAGAAUGUUGUGAUUUAUAUUGUUACUUUAAUUUCUUUUAUUUCUCUUUGUACACAAGGGUUUAAAUUCAAAGUGACACGCCCUUAAUGGGGACCUGCUGCAGCACAUUCCUUUAGUGAACACAGUUGUACUUCCUCAAAGGCCUUGACCAAGUGUGCCAAAUUAUGUGUGCGCUCCUCUCAACUGUUUUUUGAUGCAUGUUUUUCUUUUUUCAGUUGUGUUACUGCCUAUAUAGCACCUGGAUACUCUUUCUAUGACAAAAAAAAAAAAAAACCUAUUGUUGUUCCCUGUAUGGUUUCUAACGUGUGUGUUGGCUGACUCUUUUUGCUGCAGUUGAAAUCAGUUCCCUUGCUGUAAUCCUGCCUUGCCAAACUCAAGCAUUCCCAGUGCCUCUGUUGUCACAAACGCCAGAUUACCUCCUCAAACUGUCCGGCCCCAGCGGGGUCUUCCUGCAUUGCUUCCAGAUGAUGCACAGCAAAAUGCUCAAAAUGUGUCAAAUCAACACUCUGAGAGUGCAUAUUAAACUGAUAGAGUACCUUUUAUCCACUAAAGAUUAGUCCAUAAUCCUACAUUUCUCCCAACACAAAACUGCAAUGAACGUCAGUUACCAACACAAAAAUUGAAUGUGUCGAGCACACCGUGGUGCAUUAUGGGUAAGCCAGUACAGCAUGUUCUCAUGCUCGCUUUGUGGUGCUGGGUGUAUCUCGAAUGCAGGAGGGCUUCAGUGUACUCUGCUAAAUGCGUGGUCGCAUGCCAAGCUUCCAUAGCCCCAUGUCCUGAUCCUGUUGCUAUGGGGGAAGGGGCGGGCUUUGGCAGUGUGGAGGAGGAAGCAGAUGCUCACUCCAGCUGUGGUGAUCAGUCACGAAGGAACGUGGUCCCCACAGCCAUAACCUCCACGCCCGUAAUCCCCAGCCCCUGACACACAUCUCUCCACCCAUAACCCCAUGGGUGGAGUUGUAAUUUUUAAACCGUUUCAGUGUGAUUUACAUGUUUUGCUGCUUUAACUAUGACCGAAUGGCCAGGGCCUAGUUGAAGUGAGUGGGAAAAGAGUGACUAGAUUCCUACAGGGUCACAGCUGAACUUUAGGAUGAGCAAAAUUCUGCCCACACCCCACUCGGCCCCUAAGGCUUAAUGGCUUCUGCAGCCUGCUAGAUCAGGCCCAGGUCAGAACUGUAGGCUUGGUCUGAGCACGCCCGGGGGCGAACUCUGUCAGGAGCCACUUUGCAACAUCCUUUCAUGCAGAAUUAAAGUAGUCAUGGCUUUGGAAAUUAAAUGAAACAUUACAUUUUUUUUUUUUGAUGAAAUGCUUACCUCAAAACUGCUUGUAUAGCAUCAACACAAUCAGUGAAUUGAACGAGACACAUUGCUCAAUUAGUACAGACAGUACGCUGUAGGGAUGAAGCUUAAUUCUCUGCAGUUGGGAUUCAGGUACCUACUGGUCCCGACAAUUCAAACUUAUGCUUGUCUAACCCCCAUCUUAACCCCUGGGGAGCUUUCUGAAAACGAGAGCCAGUCCUGGUCUUGGGAGUUUCUGGCUCUCUGUGAGUGGCUGUGCGCUUUUCUCUGCUCCAGGUCACUGUGGAGUCUUCUGCCGCUCACAGCUGUUCGCUCGAGCCAAAAUGGAGUGUGCACUAACUUUUACCACUCACAGCUGUUCGCUCGAGCCAAAAUGGAGUGUGCACUAACUUUUACCACUCACAGCUGUCCGCUCGAGCCAAAAUGGAGUGUGCGCUAACUUUCGUUGCUUACAGCUGUUCACCCGAGCAUAAAUGGAGUGUGCGCAGGAGAGCGGUGCUGCUGCAGUUGCAGUCUGUGUAAACAUGCCAGCUUUUCCAGCCCCUGCAGACACAGCCUAGGCUUACCGCCAGGUACUGCGGUCCGCCGCGCGGCAUCGCUGCAGGGUAGCGUUACAGCGCUACGGGAGUGUUAUGGAAAUGUGCGCACUGGCUGGAUACACGCCUGUUUAGCUGGCAAAUGAAAUCACUCCAUGGCUCUCACUGGCUUGCAGAACAGCAGUACAGCACUCAAGUCUUGUUUCUCAAUUACUUCCAACUCAAAGUGCCAUUGCAGAUAAGGCCGUGAUUGGCGGCCUGUGAUUGGUCACUGCAGCUAUGCUCUUAGCGGCUGCAGGGCUCCAGCCAGAAUCACCUGUCCAGUCUAGACCGGACCUGUCCGGUCUAGACCACGCCUGUCCAGUCUAGACCACACCAGUCCGGUCUAGACCACGCCUGUCCAGUCUAGACCACACCAGUCCGGUCUAGACCACGCCUGUCCAGUCUAGACCACACCAGUCCGGUCUAGACCACACCAGUGUGCUGUAAAAGUUUUCAGUUUUCUUCCUUUCCGUGUCACGUUUGCUUUCUCCCUCACAAUCGCAGCGUGUCUGUCGGCUUUGUACUUAAACCCUUUGAAGAAACGCUGCUUCUGUGCUUGAAUCCGGGUCGACCACGUGUGUGCGGUGCUGUUCCAAUGGACUAGAACCUGUAACGCUUUCCUGUGUAAUGUUACCAUAUGCCUUACAUGUUUCCAAUUAAUAAAAUGCUUAACACAAAAAA